GACCUCCUUGUGUCUUCACAACGGUAAACGGAACAUUGAAUUCACCAGCUAGCCAGGGGCGGGAUGGAAGAACUGCGGCAGAAAUGGAAGACGUUAUACGCUCAGGAACUACCAGCGAUGGCGAAAGCCAAAGACGAGAAGCAGAAUUGGCCAAUCCACCUCGACCACUGUUUCGCGCGCAUCAUAAUGGAUAACGCUGUGGGAAAAGACAAACCAUGGACGGAAGUCGUCAAGUCUCCCGCUAUCAAGCACAUGUCAGAGCAACAGCUGAAGGAUGCGAUCAAGCUCGGCGAAUCGAUUGCUGAUGGCAGUGAAGACAUCAAUCCACUCAACGAACGGAGUCUCAAGCUUCGCGGCAAGAGCGGUCCUGGGAGAAAGCGUAAAGUAAUUGCUCAGGAUGACGCCGCCGAUAAGAAAACUAAAAGAAGUGAGAGUAGCAAUAUCUCCACGUACUUCCUUCCAUCUCCAGCAUUGCCAAAGAAGGAAAUUCCCCCGGAUGAGACUCUUGUCACAGCUCAGGACUUGGAAAUAGACGUACAGUUGAAAAGGAUAGCCGAUUCAAAACUUACGCCUUUUCGCAAGCAAAUACUGAGUAUGCUCUGCCAGAUACCCCGAGGCAGGUACAGCACGUAUCAAGCAAUGUCCGAUUACAUCACGAAUACUUCGCACAAGACUUGCGCACGAGCAGUCGGAAAUGCAAUGAGGAACAAUCCUUUCGCUCCUGAAGUUCCCUGCCAUCGUAUCUUGGCAGCAGAUGGUACGCUUGGUGGAUUCGGCGGUCAUUGGGGCGAGGAAGGCAAAUUUGCUGACCGCAAGCACGAACUGCUGAAGGAAGAAGGCAUCUCCUUCGAUUCGAGAGGCAAAGUUAAAGGCCCACCAUUUCGAAGCUUUUCGAGGACUGCUAGCAAUGCUGGAAGGUGAGAACGUUCGUGCACGUGACCGAGUCCAAAACCGGGAACCUGGGCAGCGACCAUGCUGCACCAUGACGCUAACCACUGGCGUAACCCGCCACAGCAACAUAUGACGAUCGUUUGGACUAGGCAGCGUUUCCAUGCAUUCCCGCAGCAGAGCGGUUGGUCCAGGCAUGUUCCGUUCUCCAUGCCGCGACAUCUCCUACGUCAUACGCCGUGGACAAAGCCUGCAACUGUAGCUCUCUGCAUACCAUAUCUGUUCGCAUU